AUGGAACCCAAUGACGAAGUGGUGGAACGCCAAAAACUGGUCGAUGUCGAAACCGAAGAAGAUGUUACAAACAGCGCCCCCAAAUCAGCUCCAACUCCUGCCUCACCAAUGGCCGUGCCCAAAAUUAAUAUUAAGAGUAUAUCUAGUGGUGAAACAACUCGUAGCCGUAAUUCCGCCUCAUGUUCCAUUGAACGUUCUGAUAAAAUCGGCCAAACAUCUGCCAAAGUAACCUAUAUCAAUGAAAGACGUCCGCGACCGCAUUUGCAUGGCACCAAUGAUGAACGGUUUGAAUUCAAAUCAAGACCCCGUAAACUAUUAAAAGAAGUACCGGAUGUUAAACAUAUGGAGCGGGCACUGUUAGGACUAUUGGAUGAUUUCCAUUCGGGGAAACUGAAAGCGUUUGGUUCCGGCUGUACCAUGGAUCAAAUGACAAAAAUACGCGAACAACAAGAAAGCCUUGCCAAAUUGCAUUUCGAACUGGCCGCCUCCGAGGAAGAUUCACUGGAGAAUGGUAAUGACUUUAAUGCCGCCAAAGCUCAAGAGAAUAUGCUGCAGCUGAUGCAACGUUUGGAACAGCUUUCAAUUUCUAUUGAACAAUUGCAGACCAGUCACACUGGACUCUGAGAUUUACUGCAAGCAACGUGUGACAACGUGAGUGGUAGUGA